CAGGCAGCUGCGGCCGGUGCUUUGCCCCGGCGCCUCAGUGCGCUCGGCCAACGGCCUGUAAGAGCGCCCACCGGAGCGCCCUGGGAGCCGGCGGGCGGCGGCCCUUGCCGGGGACCCUCCAGCGGGCCCAGGGGGACAAAAGUGGCUCUAAAUCCAGCACAUGCCCAUUGAAGCAAGUUAAAGGAUUUAAUAUGAAGCACAGAAGCAGAUAGUGCCAAAUAGCAAGCAGUAGUUGUUACACAUUUGAUGAGUGGGGCAGCAUUUCCUUCUCCCACUGCUGCUGAGAUGGCGGAAAUUAGUCGGAUUCAGUACGAAAUGGAAUACACCGAAGGUAUCAGUCAGCGAAUGAGGGUCCCGGAAAAAUUAAAAGUAGCACCACCAAAUGCUGACCUGGAACAAGAAUUUCAAGAAGGAGCUCAAAAUGCUAGUGUCAUAAUGCAGGUUCCAGAGAGGAUUGUUGUUGCAGGAAGUAAUGAAGACAUUACAUUUUCAAGACCAGCAGAUCUUGACCUUAUUCAGUCAACUCCCUUUAAACCUCUGGCAUUGAAAACACCACCUCGUGUACUUACACUAAGUGAAAGACCGCUAGAUUUUCUGGAUUUAGAAAGACCUCCUCCAACCCCUCAAAAUGAAGAAAUCCGGGCAGUUGGCAGGCUAAAAAGAGAGCGCUCUAUGAGUGAAAAUGCCGUUCGCCAAAAUGGACAGCUGGUCAGAAAUGAUUCCAUGUGGCACAGAUCAGAUUCUGCCCCAAGAAAUAAAAUUUCAAGGUUCCAGGCACCGAUUUCUGCACCGGACUACACUGUGACACCAUCGCCACAACAGGCUCGGGUCUGUCCUCCCCGUUUGUUACCUGAAGAUGGAGCUAAUCUCUCCUCUGCGCGUGGCAUUUUGUCGCUUAUCCAGUCUUCUACUCGUAGGGCUUACCAGCAGAUCUUGGAUGUGCUGGAUGAAAAUCGCAGUGUGAGAAGACAAAAUGAAAUACGUUGUGAAAGACCUGUGUUGCGUGGUGGGUCUGCUGCCGCCACUUCUAAUCCUCAUCAUGACAACGUCAGGUAUGGCAUUUCAAAUAUAGAUACAACCAUUGAAGGAGCUUCAGAGGACAUGACUGUUGUAGAUGCAGCUUCCUUAAGACGACAGAUAAUCAAACUCAAUAGACGCCUACAACUUCUAGAAGAGGAGAACAAAGAACGUGCUAAAAGAGAAAUGGUCAUGUAUUCAAUUACUGUAGCAUUCUGGCUGCUUAAUAGCUGGCUCUGGUUUCGCCGCUAGAGGUAACCUCAGCUCUCAAAAAUAUUUGUCCCAACAGCUAGAAAUAUAAAGAAUUUGUAAACUUCUUUGUUUCUGUCUCUGCAUUGUAUGCCGUUUUAUAGUCCAUGCUCUGGAAAUGUAUUUCUCUGAGAAAGGAGGGGAACAACCUAGGUGUCCAGAAGUGAAGGUAUACUCGUCACUCGGCUGUGUUCACUUUUACCCAGUUCUGCAGUAACACGUACAUGAGAUCUCCCUCUGUGUGUUUUGUACAUAGACCCCAGUUUGUCUUAGAAACGGAUUGAUUCUUUGCCUAUCAGCCUGCACAACUAAUUCUCUAAAUGGGAGAGAGAGUGCAUAGUGGAUAGAUGUAAGAAAAGAUCUGUAAAAGAAAAACAAUUAUUUUGUCCUGUUUCUCAAACACUGUUAGGUGAAACAGUUUUUGUUACUAGACAUUUUUUGCAUCCACAGGUCAACAUUAACACUUUUGAAGUCAUGAUCAGGUGCCAGAUUUAAGAAAAUCAAGCCACCUAGUAUCUCAUGAUCGUCUUUAGUAAGCAGCUGUACAGAUUAAAAUAAUUCCUAACAUUUCAGCAGUUUAUCUAAUAUGUGUGCCAUGUGUGCAUCCUUAUUUUCAUUUUAGUUUUGCAGUUGGUUUUCUAUAAAAUACAUUUUUUACUAAGCCCAUGUAUGAAUGAUUUUAAAAUUGACAGAAUAAGGUCCGGAUGUAGUGUAUUUAAUAAACUGUCAACCAAAGCAA